AUGGGGAGUCAGCGGCGUGGCCCAGGUACUUGGUUGCGGAAGGUGUUGAACCCGCAGGAAAUGGAAGGCGCAGCAGCACAACUAAACCCAGAGGACGCAAACAACAAUGCGGAAGUCGCUAAGGAAGGAAGAGCUUUUCAUUCGUGGAGGCCCCGUGGGAAAUUGCAUCCAGCAAAUAAGGUGAUGAUGGUUGCUGUCGCAGUGAUGUUGGCAACAGGGGCUCGUUACAUUAUGUCAAGAAAGGCACAAUCCUACCUAAAGAGGUCAGAGCUACCUCUGGACGAUGUGAGCGUGGAGAAGUACAUGAACGAUUUGGACGAAGCGGUAGGGAAAAUGGAAGAUGCUUGGGAGAGCGCAGAAUCUCGUGUGCAGCAAGCUUUUAAAAUACACUUCACACCGUCGCUUGAGGAUGGCCAAGAGCUCCUGGAAGAUCCGCUGGCGACCAUCAUAGAUCAUGUGGACAAGAUGCAGGAAUGCGAAAUUUCAUCUGUUUCUUCUAUGGAGGCGCGGAGGGGCUUCGUCCAACACCUGCAGCUGUUACAGAGCAUUUGCCGCACAGUGACGCUUCGCUUAGGUGAGCUGGAGAGCUACGUCAGUGCGAACAAGAUAUUUGACGUGCCUGUUCCUGUUCUUGACCACGGCGAGCCCUCUAGUGACCCUGCGCUUGAAGGACAUCAAGGAAUGGCAGAGUGUGACUGGACAGCUUCUGAUUUCUUGGAUUCUUUUGGGCUGUUUGGUGGUGAUAGCCAACGAACAGUAGAUAAGCAUUUAUGUAAUAAACUCGCAUGGGCAUUGCAGACUGAGAAGACGUUUAACGACUCCAAUUCGAGAGUCCGACAUUAUUUCAUUCCUAGCCUUGAACCCUUUGGAGGAGACGGCGCUCUCAACCCUGCCCAUGCCCCACAAAAGCUGAGCCGAAUUGCAAACAAUUGGACGGACAAAGGGGUACUGUUGGCUGCAGAGCAGCAAGAAAAAGAAAAUGCGAACAAGAUCCAAAACCGGCUGAAGACUAAGAGGGAGCAAAUGCGACUGCUGCUGAAGAAAGGGAUACCGAAGGACGAUUUGGUGAUGAGUGCAUUAUUCCUUUUAUAG